GUGUUGAGCGAGAGAAGAUUACUGUCGCUUAAGCCGCGUGCGCCUCACCCGUCUCCCUACAUCUUGCGCGCUCACCUGCUAUGGGACUCUAUCAAACGCAGCUUUUUUUGUAAAUCUCGAGCUGUUCUCUUCGCGCUGCCUAUACUCCGAGUGAUAUGGAUUAACUGAUUCCUCUCUGUCUGUGGAAGGUGCGGCUUUUUGCGGCGCUUUUCGAAGUUGUUCUAUAUCCAGGACGGUCGGGACUUCUUGCCCUGCGCUGAGGAGAGGAUUAGAGAGGAGAUACCUGCUACUCGGGUCACGGGGGCCUGGGUCAGCCCAGAUGACAUUGGGCUGAUACACUCUGGACAGGUCGCCAAUCUAUUCCAGGGCAAACAUGGAGAAACAGACAACACAGACACCUAUGGGCAAUUUUUUUUAGAGUGGUCAAUGAACCUGGUAAGCAUGUUUUUGGACUGUGGGAGGAAGUCGGAGUACCCAGAGAGAAUCUGCACUUGCAUGGGGAGAAUGUAGUUUUUGCACACCUCAGGCAAUGUAUGUGGCAUAUGAGAAGAUAGAUUUUUCAGCCGCACCCUCAGUCAUGACAAACUUUAACACCAGACUAACCUUCACGGAGAGUCCUGCUGUAUGAGAGCAACACACAGAUUCAUCGGACACACAGAGGACUACAGUGUUCUUCAGAAGUGAAUCAAGAAGGAGAUGAAGGCACGUCACGCUGCUCCUCUUCAGCAGAGCCAUGGACGGAGAAAAAGCAGAGCGGGGCUGUAACUGGCGCCUUCAUGGAGCCCUGAUACGCAGGGCAGAGAGCAGGUAAAUGGAGGUGCAGGACAGGAGCCGCUCCCCGUCCCGUAGGACCAGCCGGGUAGAACAGGUGGUUGGACGAUGGCUGAGACGGUCCAGAGAUUUGGGCAGCAGGUCUCACUCCCUGACCAGAGAUCGGGCUGCAGUGGAAGGGAAGUCAGCAGAGUCCAGUGGCUCCGAUCAGAGGAAUUACCCCUUCCGCUUUAAUGUUCAGAUUUCACGGGACCCAAGCCUCAACUCCCAUGGCCUCGUUCUCUCCUCCCAGAUCCCCAUCUUGGUGCAGGAGGUCACUCCAGGUGGUCCUGCAGAUGGUCGGCUCGUCCCUGGCGACCAGCUAGUGAAGAUCAAUAACGUCGCUGCCGAUGACCUGACCCCUGAGCAAGCUGCUGAAAUAAUCAGGGAGUGUCAAGAUUCGUUGACAAUGACCGUCCUCAGAACAAUGCUGGGACCAAAGUCAUCAUUCAUCACACCAGAGAAGAGGGCCAAGCUCAGGUCCAACCCAGUGAAAGUUCACUUUGCAGAGGAAGUGGAAGUCAAUGGACACUCUCAGGGCAACUCACUGCUCUUCCUGCCUAAUGUUCUGAAAGUAUAUCUGGAGAACGGGCAGACCAAGGCCUUCAAAUUUGAACCUAACACCACAGUCAAGGACAUAGUGAUGACACUGAGGGAAAAGCUUUCUCUGAGUCGUAUUGAAUACUUCUCCCUGGUGCUGGAGCAGCAACACAGCAUCACCAAACUGCUGCUGCUCCAUGAUGAGGAGAGGAUACAGCAGGUGGUCCUGAAAAAAGAGGCCCAUGACUACAGAUGUCUGUUCCGUGUGUGUUUCCUGCCCAAAUUCUUGAAGACGCUGCUUCAGGAGGAUCCAACAGCCUUUGAGUACCUCUACCUGCAGGGUGUGAAUGAUGUGCUGCAGGAGCGCUUUGCAAUAGAGAUGAGGUGUAACACCGCCCUGCGACUCGCUGCGCUUCACAUCCAGGAGAGACUGGCAAGCUGUGGACACUCACCAAAGACCAACUUAAAGAUUAUCACUAAGACAUGGGGCAUCGAGAACUUUGUGUCAUCUACCUUGCUGAGGAAUAUGCGAGAGAAAGAUCUAAGGAAGGCCAUCAGCUACCACAUGAAGAAGAGCCAGUCACUGCACGAUCCCAAGCAAAAGGGCCUGUCUGUCAAUCAGGCACGCAUGAACUAUUUGGAGGAGCUGAGUGAUCUCAAGUCAUUUGGAGGGAAAUCCUUCAGUGCCACAAUGAUGCUCCAGGACAGGGAGUCGAUGGUGACCCUGUUGGUUGGAGCACGCUACGGAGUGAGCCAGGUAGUGAACCACAAACUGAGCAUCCUGUCCAACCUCACAGAGUUUACAAGUAUCACACGGAUCGAGCUGCUGCCCGAGUCCGACAAGGUCAGCCUGGUCAAGAUCUACCUGCAGGACAUCAAGCCCAUCACUUUGCUAUUGGAGUCAGUGGCAGCCAAAGAUAUGUCCUGCCUAAUAGCUGGCUACUGUCGAGUGUUCGUUGACCCCAACCUCAACAUCUUCCCCUGGAUCGGUGAUUUAAGGAAGCACAAAGUGUCUGCCGAGGAAGGUUAUGUAUCCCGAUGUGGCAGUGAUUCAGACACCUCCUCAGACUUGGACAUGGACCCACUCCUCGCUCAUGUUUCUCAGGAUGACAAACCCUGCCCUCGUCUGAGAUCCUCAUCAGAUCCAGACGGAAGAAAAAGGAAAGACAAAGACAAAAGGAAAAGCAAAGAUGGCAGUGAAAAAGGAGGUAAACCUCUGGGGGAUAAAAAGGAAAAGGGAGAAAAGGAUGCUGACACAGAGAAGGAAAUUUUCCAGCUGGAUAUGAACAGAGUGGAAGGGAAGAAAGAUACAGAGCACGAAGGGGUGACAGAGGGAGGACGGGAUACAAGGCAAGUACAGAUUGAGAUGAUUAAUGAUUUGGGGCAACAGCAGAAAAAAAUGGGACAAGAUGGUAAAACGGGAGGUGAAGGGGAGGUGAGAGCAGCACAGGAGCAGCCUCCUGUAUCAGAAGCGUCUGAUUCUUGUCACUCUGACUCUCGUGUCCUCACCAGCCCCUCCAGCGACUCCCUUGAUGCUUUGGAGGAAGAUGACUUACUUUCCUGUUCUUCUGCUAUCCAUCCAAGUAUUCAUGGCCAUCUCCACCCUCACCUUCAGUUACAUCACUACUCUCAUGGGAACGCUCAUUCCUAUCUUCUUGCACCUCCACCAGCUCACUCUCAUCCUCUCAUCCACCUCACACCUCCCGACAGAGGAGGAGGAUGCAGGAGGUCAGGAGACGGAGCUGAUCCCCAACUACUCGUGACUGUCUCCCCCCUCCCUAGCCUUCAACAUAUCCAAAAAUGUUCAGAUAACGUGUGCUCCAGUGACAGCUCCCUGUGUUUCGCUGAGCUCUCCCGCCUUGUGGACUUCUUGCCAAGUCCUCCAGAGGCCAGCGAGGAAGAAGAUGAAGAGGAGGAGCUGAGGAGGAGGAGGAUAAAGGUGUUGAAAGAACUGAAUGAAUCUGUAAGAAGAGAAGGUGAAGGUGGAAGUGUGAGUGGAGAGGGUUGUUUCAAAGAACAUCCACUAACCAUGUCCCCAUCCUCCAACAUGGAGUUUGUGUUUAACUUUGAUCAGAGCGAUGCCCGCUGCUACUACAAACUCUGCUCCAACAUCACCCCCGACAGUGCUCGCAGUCUCCCCCGCCCCCUGAGUCAGAAUGAGGGAGAAGAUGGUGAGGUAAAAGCAGAAGAUCCAGCUAAAGCGGUUGACUUGGAGUCUGUCCCCAUUCUUCAUCCUCCUCCUGGCUUUGGGGACAGCAGCUCUGAUGAGGAGUUCUUUGAUGCCAGAGAUCGCUUCACUUCUCCUGAAGACCCCUCCUCAGGGGCCUUACCUCGAGAUAUUUGCGCAGAGAUGAGACUGGACUUCCUCAGUACACUCAGCCUCAGUGACAUCGGGGUCUGUGUAACUGAAGCAGACAAAGAUGGAAAAGCAGAGGAAGAGGGAGAAGGACAAGAAGAGGAAGGAGGAGGCAGAGAAACAUUGUUCCAGCUCAGAAAACGAUCACGUAAACGCCGCUCAUUUAUGGAAACUGAUCACACCUCAAUGGUGUCAUAUCCAGAGCACGAUUUAGAACCAAAGCAGGACCAGAUUUCUAGCAGGCUUUACAAAAACCGUUCCGCAGAAGUUGAAGAUUCACAGAUUCUGAGUUCAGAUCCUGAACCUGCUGAACAAACCCAGAAUCCCAAUCUCACUGUUUCCUUUCUGACUCACUCUGAGGGGGAACCAGCUCAACUUGAGUCAAAACCCAUCCUGGCCACACAACAAUUGCAUGGACCAAGCAUGCCUUCUGGGUUUGAGUCUCAUGACAGGACAAGAGAAGCACAGGGCCCCUCCAGAACCAGGAAGCAAGACAUGGAGAUGGAACCAGAUGCGAUGGAAUCUAAAUCGGUUACAGAUCUGGUUAAGACGGCGUCUCCCACAAUCAGCGUUGUUCGCUGCCGGGUGGAUCCAGAUGGCAAAGAGAGUGCUGAUCGAAUGGGUGAUGGGAAGGAGGAGGGAGAGGGGCAGGGGGAGAAGGGUAAGGGGAAAGUAGAGGGAGAGAAGGAGGGAAAAUCCAGUGCUUCAGGUAAUGGUCCAUUCACUCACCAUAUGUUUUUACCAGAAAUCCACAAAGAGGAACACAAGAAGAAGGAAGAUAAGAAAGACGGGCUGAGUGAGAGCUCAUCUAGUUCCUCUAGUUUAAAGAGAGCACUCAUAGAUAGUAUCAAACCACCAGAGGCCAACAGUCUGCCUAAAUGUGUCAUAGGUGUGAAUAAAAAGGGUAGCAAUGGCCUUUUGGGAGGCCAUCUGAUAGCCCCAGAACAGAAUUCACAUUCAGAGGAGCACAUGCUUAAAAGCGUACGUGAGAAGUCAAACCGUCCAUCAUACUCUCCACCACCGCCUCCACCCUCAUCCCCUCUACCUCCAAUGCCACUUCGACAAAAUUCCACAAGUGACUGUUUGGUGAAAGAAGAAGGGGGUCGGGAAAUCAGGGGAAACUCAGCUAAAACAUCUCAAAGUAGUCCUGAGGAGAUGUCUCUUAGCAAACAGAAUCACACUAAUCAAGCACAAUUACAUUUAGAAGUCACCAACAGUGUCAUAGAGGAUGAGGCUGCCAGUGGGGUAAGUCCUACUGUGACUUUCAGCGAUGAGGUUACUGAUAGCACCAAUUCAGACAAUGUUUUUGAUGAUGAUGAGUUGAGUAUUUCCUUAAAUUCUAGUUCAAGUGAGCAAAAAGACAACUGGGCCACAGCUAAAAAGCUAAGCAUGAGUGCCGCUUCAACUACACCAGGCAAAGGGGAGUCUAAAAUGAGCGUUAAGACUCCCACCACCGAAGCUCAUGUAAGACUGAAUUCAGUAAAUUCCGAUUAUACUCGAGCUAUUAACUCUAUUACUGCAAAGCUUGGGGCUGCAACCAGUGCCACAUCUCCUACGUUUAAUUCAGGUACUAGAUUGAAAAGUGACAUUUCACAGGAAGUUGCUGCAUGCUCAGAUGAAAACGCAGACAAACUUCAAGGUAACUCCACUUUGCCAAGAACUAAGGUCAAAGGAAGUUCAACCAGUCCUAGCUUAGCCCAAGCGUACACAGCCACAGUUCAGGAUCUAUCCAAAAGGCCUGCUUCUCCAUCUCAUUUCAUCUUCCAGCCAUGCUCACAAAGCAUUAUGGGUCGCUUAUCUGCCUCCACACUUCGAGGAAAGAUUCAACAGUUACCCCUUUAUUUAUCACGCUCCCAGGAAACCCUCAAUCAAGCUGGGGUUGGCAGUACGCUUCAGAGUCCUGAGGACAGAAGUAGAGAUGAGGUUGAGAUCACUAUCAAAGUUACAGACGUUGACAACAUCACACAAACGGUAAACCUCUCAAAGUCAGAGGAAUCCCUGGGCUCAGACGAUUCAGAUAUAACUGUUACAGGAUCAGAGGUGGACAGGGAGAUUUUAACGGAAACAGCCUCAGUAAAGGAUUCUCAUUCUGGGUCAGAGGUGAAGGAACUAAGCUCUCCUUUGCCUGUCCAGACUGAGCCUAAAGCCCUGCACCGGGAUCAGCUUCUGUUCACUGGACCUACCAAAAACACACCAGGACCAAUUACAGAGCCUCCAUCUUCCAUACUGAACAGCCUCCAAAGAGACUCCUCUGGACUAAAGAUGGACACUCCUGGCCCGGUAAAAGACGCUGCACCUUCCAUCCUUCCUCCAAUGGUUGUUACCACACAGAAUCUAAAUGGGCCAGGACUCCCUUUUCACAGUCAGCAACAGAAAGUGAGACGGACCAGUAGUGACAGGCCUUUGAUGGGUCUUUGUAGGCCUACGGGGCAGAAUUCUGAGUCACCAAACACACCUGCCUCAGGCUGCAGGGUGUUUACAAUCUGUGAGGAGUCAGUGCAGAAGAACUCCCCAGUUGAGGUGGAGUACACCCCCCCCUUGAAGCCUGAUUUUGGCUGUAGUUCUGUGCUAGCUUCUGGAUGUGAGACAGUCUUGGAAGGGGUGCAGAUGCCACUGGAUGCCUGUGGUUGCCCUCCAGUCUAUACAAACUGUUUCAGCAGUGGGGACGGUUUUGAUGAGGAGCUGACUGUCUAUGAGUUCUCCUGCCGUUCACAGAGCAGCAGUGUGACUCAAACAUCAGGAGUAAGUCACCCUCUAAUGACUUCACCUGUUCCGUCCUUUCUCUCCACCUCCUCCACCAUCUCUCCCUCCUUCCCUCGCUCCAUUCUUUUCUCCUCCUCCACCUCAGAGCUCAGCCCCCUCCUCUCGCCUCUGUCUGAUGGCUCUGAUCCUUUCCUGUCUCAGACGCACAAAGACACCAUCAGUCGGCUUGGCCAGCAGCGCUACCCAGAUCCCCCAGCAGGUUUCCAAAUACUGCGAGUAGACGUCGACCAACUCCUCUCCAUACUGGAAAGUACAGGUGCUGACCGCUCAGUGACAAGUCACGGAGGUCGCCAUCCUAGGGACACCUGCCCCGCCCACUUCACAGAGAACAAGCGUGUGCUCCAGAUAGAGGCGCGGCGGCUGAUGACAGGCUGCCAGAAGGUGGUGGGGAUUGGACAAAGCCCAGAGGAAAUGCUACGCUCCCUGGCUAACAGUUUCCGGACCUUGGUGGAGCUGGCAGGUAUUUGCCUCUGGUUCUCAGGCUGCGACAGGUGUGACCGGAGAAAUGCAGAGGCAGUAGCAGGUCUGGUGGAUGUUGCCCGCUCAUUCAGAGAUUUCUGUCUAGCCGCUGAGCGAGCCAGCAGCAAACGCAGCUGCCAAGACCUGAGCACUAAGCUGCUAGCCAAACAGUGCACCGCGCUCACAGCCUCUGUCUUCUGCCUCACUCAGCUGUUCCGCACCCUCACUGCUCUAUGAGGGGACCACGUCUUCUAAAGUCUUCAAAGUGACAUUUAAACAACCCGAGGAGUGGGACCUCAAUACAUGAGACAGCCAGUGAGCCCGCAGUUGCUGCACAUGUGGGCAGAGUGUGCCGGUCAUGUUCAGAGUGGGCAGUCGAGGUUACCUCAGAAACACACACUUGGGUCACUGAGCGCAAUGAAAGCUCAGCUGAUCAUAAAACUCAACAUCAUAGAGCCAGUUAGAGAUUGUUGAGGUGCAUGUGGUUAUUGACUAUAUGCUGUGCACGUACUGUAGCCCACAAACCAAACAGUCAGCCAACACCCAGACUGCAAAGUGGUGCAAACUGCAUAAGCAGAACCUGCUUGCAUUCCAGUAUUGAGGAACGGCUGUACUUGAAUGUAUCUUAUGUUAUCUAUUUAUUGAUUUGUUAAUUUAUCUGAUAUGUGAAACAUUACAGUGAGCAAGAAAGGAAUGUACAAGAAAGACGGAAGAAACAAAUUUGGUAAUGUUUAUGGGCAAAGCUUUAGGCAGAGCAGUGGUGUGUGAGAGCGAUGGGCCGUUUACACACUUACACAAGCACAUAACCUCAUACACACAGAGUGAAUCAGUAUUUGCUUCGAUUCAGACACAGGCCUUUCAGGACUGACUGACCAUGUGAAUAUAAGACACUCUGCAGUUCGCUGAUGCUUUUAUAUCUUUACAUUGUCCAGGCUGUCAGACGGGAGUUCUUUGAAUGUUGCUGUUUACAAAACCAAAAUCUGGAGUGAGGAAUGAUCUGAACAAGUCGUACAAAUCAAGUCUGAAGCUGUGUUUGCCAUUUUAUAAAUCUAGUAGCAGAAUGCUGAUCUUUGUGCAUUAUGUGACUUAAUGAAACUGUUUGGAUGAGCUACUGAUCUUUGCACAUUCAACAUGUCGUCAUUUUGCACAGAAAUUUGGUAUAAUUAAUGGAAAUAUCAUACAUUUGCUAGCUUUUCUCAUUUGUUUGUUAACACUGUCUUUUUCCACCUCCAGUUGAAACACAGAAGCCUCCGGUGCAUGGUGAUGUGGCUGUCAACACUGACACUAAGUGCAUUAUUACUUCCCAGUGUGACUACAAGUAGUGAAAAAUCAGAGACUGAAACAUGGGCACACAUAGUCAAAGCAGUGAUGGUUUACAAUUUGUAGCACUGCUGGCUAUCUGUGUGUGCAUUAUCAGCUCUUGGCUGACACAGCAAGUGGGAGGGUCUCAGAGAACAUCUGUGAACUGACCCAAUCAUCAGUUGACAGCCUAUCAUUGGAGUUCCUUAAACUCGACACACUCGUCACAAAAUCAACACAAAAUCUGUAAAGCUUAUCGUGAAUAAGCUGUCUGAUGCAGCAUUUCACUUGGAAUGUUUAUUUAAAUGAGAAGACUUGAUGCACAUUGGAGCUGCAUGUUCACUGGAGAGUUUAAAGCUAUCAGAAAUUAUUUCACUAAUGCUUUACUGGGAACACAAUUUAUGCAAACAGUGUUUCAAUAUAUAUUUAUAAUGGCAUUGAAACACUUUGUUUUCCUGUCCUGUUUCGUUCCCUGUGGUUGCACACAAAAUAUGAUUUCCUGUAUUUUAUUCCCAAUUUUUAGCAAAUAACUCUUUUCUUUUUGAACUCUAUGAGAAAAUCGUCCCAAAAACAUGAUGCAAAACUUUUUUAAAUCAUCAUAUGUGCUCACAAAGCAUGCUAAUAAGCCAUAAAAUGCAUUGUUGUUUCAUCAGGGAUUUUAUCUGUGAAUGACUGAAUGAAGAUGUCUGCUCUUGCUUUGUAAUGCUCAACUCCCACAAUUAAAAAAAACAUGUCAAGAUUUA